CACAGCACCCAUCACCACCGCUCCUCCAACUUCCACAAUCCCCUACAGCUCGAAGAGGAUCGUCAGCCAUGUCCGGGCGCGGCAAGGGAGGCAAGGGUCUCGGCAAGGGCGGCGCCAAGCGCCACCGGAAGGUGCUGCGCGACAACAUCCAGGGCAUCACCAAGCCGGCCAUCCGUCGCCUGGCGAGGAGGGGCGGCGUGAAGCGCAUCUCGGGGCUCAUCUACGAGGAGACCCGCGGCGUCCUCAAGAUCUUCCUCGAGAACGUCAUACGCGACGCCGUCACCUACACCGAGCACGCCCGCCGCAAGACCGUCACCGCCAUGGACGUCGUCUACGCGCUCAAGCGCCAGGGCCGCACCCUCUACGGCUUCGGCGGCUAGGCCCCUCGUUGUCGCCAGUCUUCGUCGCCGCCUGCAGAUUCCGAAUCUUAGUUGAAACCCGCCUUGUUUAGUUCGCUCCCUCUCUCUGUAUGUUGAAAUGUAUCGUGGAGCAAAGUCAUUCCAAUGUGGAGUUGGGAAUCA